AUAAAAAAAGCGAAAUGCGAAGCAGUGAAGUGUCUGAAAAUUAGUGCGAUGGAUUGGAAGCGGAAGGAAACCACUUAGUGGGGAACUGCCACCGGCAGCGAUCCGGUGACUGGGGGACUAGCAGUCACCAAAGAUGAGGCUGCUGGUGGCACCAUGAGAAGGGGCAGUGCAGUUAGUGAAGGGAGUUCUGAAAGACCGGAAAAGAAUUGGAAGCAGUGAGGUGGACUAGUUUUUUUGUUAUCAGUGUUUGAGGAUUUAUGCCAUUUCAUCCUUUCCCUGUAGUAGCAAUGUCCGUCCUGUCGAUGUCCCCGUGGAAGCUAGCCUUAGUGAUAUUCCUGUUGGCAGCCAGCUGUACUCAAGCCAACAUAAGGUCAGCACCGAAGGCCAAGUCUUCUCAGAAAUCGCUUAUCCGACACACGCGUGCACUUGGCUUCUUCCAGAAGAUUGCCGAAAUCGGCAAACUGAUCUACCAGCAGUACAACGACACCACCUGGACGCUGCAGGGGGUCUACGAUGUUGCGCGGAACGAGUUCUCCGAUACCUUCACCACCACGACGCCAAAUCCCCUUCUGCCAACGACGACCCCUGACCCAGCAACUAGCACAACGGAAAAGUAUCGAAUCUCCCGAGCUGAAUUGGGUCGCAUCCUGAAUCGUAACUACCGAGGACUGCAAAAACUGUUCCGACUGGAAUGGAAUGAAGCAUGGAAUCAAACCAAAUACAACGUAGCUUUCUACAAACAGGAGCUGAACAACGCGAUCAAACCUCGGAAAAAUGCCACCACGGUCAAGCCAUGAUCGCUGGCAACGCAAAACUACCUGAAUGCAAUGUUCCAAUUUCUUAUUUAAGGGGAUCUCUCUGUGAUAGUAUUGACUACUGUGUUUUUUUUUUCAACAAACAUGUACUGGGUACCUCUAGUUUGUAAGGUUUGAGAAAAUGAUUAUGUGUGAAUGUACAUAAGCCAAUAAGAAAACAAAUCAACUGCAGUUCACGAUGGGUCUGAUUGCGACAAUCGAUGGAACUAACGCAAACAAUCAACGUUAGUUCUCUCGAUGGGCCCAUCGCCUAAUUAAGUACCGACUAAGCGCGAAGCCAGCUGUGUGACCGCGACUAGCAAUUUCUAGCAGUGCCAAUAAAUCUAAUAAACAUACUCAA